GCCGCCACCAUGCAGGAGCUCAUCGCCAGCGUGGACCACAUCAAGUUCGACCUGGAGAUGGCCGUGGAGCAGCAGCUGGGGGCGCAGCCGUUACCCUUUCCCGGCAUGGACAAAUCAGGCGCAGCAGUCUGUGAAUUUUUUUUAAAGGCGGCCUGUGGAAAAGGAGGGAUGUGCCCGUUCCGACACAUCAGCGGGGAAAAGACUGUUGUUUGCAAACACUGGCUACGAGGACUGUGCAAAAAGGGAGACCAGUGCGAGUUUCUGCACGAGUACGACAUGACCAAGAUGCCUGAGUGUUACUUCUACUCCAAAUUUGGGGAAUGCAGUAACAAAGAAUGUCCAUUCUUGCACAUCGACCCGGAAUCUAAGAUCAAAGACUGUCCCUGGUAUGACAGAGGCUUCUGCAAACAUGGUCCGCUCUGCAGACACCGCCACACUCGGAGAGUCAUUUGUGUGAAUUACCUGGUAGGAUUCUGUCCAGAUGGACCUACCUGUAAAUUCAUGCACCCUCGGUUUGAACUGCCAAUGGGAACCACAGAGCAACCACCACUGCCUCAACCGACACAAACACAGCAAAAGAGGACACCCCAAGUCAUCGGCGUCAUGCAGUCUCAAAAUAACAACACUGGGAACAGAGGACCCCGGCCGUUGGAGCAGGUCACCUGCUACAAGUGUGGUGAAAAAGGUCAUUAUGCCAACAGAUGCACCAAAGGACAUCUGGCCUUUCUCAGUGGACAGUGACAGAGCGGAACGAAGAGCGCAAGGGGAGCUAUUAACACUGAGCAAAGGUUUCUGCCUAGCACUAUGUCUUGAACUAUUAAUCAGGUUGUUUUUUAAUGCCAUUACUGAAAGAACUGGUCAGAGGCUGGCUGCUGCUAAGCGACAUUUUUGUAAUUGCCCACAACUUUUUUUCCUUUUUUAUGUUUUAACCUUUUUAAAAAUAGAUUUUUGGCCUCCGCCUGUUUUCAUUGAGCCCUGCUGAAAGGUAGAUCAAAAAGCCCAAUAGAUAUGCAACCCCCCCCACCGGUGCAGCACUCCACGUAACCGCAUCUUACGCCAGUGUUUCUUUAAAGUUGUUUUCCUUCUGCCACUUCUCUUUGGAGAACCUGCAGCGUUUCAGCCCUCCCUGUGGAAGCAGGAAGACUGACUGGGAAAACUAAUACUUGAAAUGCCUUCCCUUCAGUGAGGAAGCAGGGAUUCUGCUGUCCUGUAACUCAUAAAAAAAAAAAAAAGAAAGAAAAAAAGCAAAGUCCUGUUCCCUGGUCCAGCCUGUUGUUGGUGAGUUUGUCCCGGUGCCUGACUUUAAGCAUCACGUGCAUCAGGCUGUAAAACUUUCGUCCACUUGUUUUGUUUCUGUGCUUCUUGCUAUACUGAAGGUUAGAAAUUAAUCUUCUGGGUGAGAACCGAUCAAGGGGAGAAUAAAUUGGCAUCUCUGGUGGUUAAACCAAACGAGGAGGAACAAUGAUGGUAGGAAAGCCACAGCUGUGCUCGUUUCCCUCCUCACUUUUGGCGAAAGGGAAAUGAACACGGCUUGAAGAGUAGGAAUAGAAGAGCCUUGGCUCAGGGCCCCCCCCCCCCCCGUCGUCCAGCUCACACUGAGCAGGUAUUUCCGUAGCUUAGAGAAGAUCAAGAAGUGGAGAUGUGUAUUCUUAAUGGAACACUGCUUUUAGAAGUGGUAGAACGUUCUUUCCAGAGCGAUUUUUGCCAGCCAAAACCCAUUCGUUUUGUGAGAAGACUAUUUCAAAAGGGCCAAUGAUAAAAUGUGAAUUAAAAAAAAAAAAAAAAAAUUGCACCUACAAUAUGAGCCUUAUUGAUUCUAACCCAUCUCUCAUUUGCUGACUGGCUUUAUACUUUGUUUUUAUUGAAAUGUACUGAUGGAAAAAGCUGGCUGUGAAUUUAUUUUUUUUUUUAAGAACGAGAGAAUAUGAUUAGAUUAAGAGAAGUGACCAGA